UUGCAUGUGGUUUAUUUUUUGUCACCCAAAAGAGAAAAGGAGAAAUGAGAGUGUACACUUGAAAAUCCUUAUUGUUGAUUGCAUUGCUCUCCCCAGGUUACCAACACCAAUCACAAGGGGCUCUGGUCUGGUUGGUCGCUUGCCACAUCCUUCACCAACAAGGCAUCUUGCUCCAAUAAGGUCAAGCUUUCCACCUCUGAGUGCUAGUCCAUCAGAACUGGGAAUGGAUCCCCCAAAGACAAAUAAACCCUUAGGUCCCCCAAGAAGCAGAGGCUCUCGUGGAGUUUCUCGUGGCGGGUCCAGGACCGCAACAGCAGCCUCCAGGAUGAGCAGGGGAUCAGGAUCUUCAGGGUCGAGCAGAAAAGACUCGGAUACAGUUGAUGAGGAUGGUACCAAAACCCCAAAGUUAAACCCUCCUCGCAAGCCAACCUCAAGAGCCUACGGAUCCGUGCGCGCAAGGAUACGUGUACGUGGUGGACGUCCUAUGAUGCAAGGUUUUGCCAAUGUUGGUUCUGUGUUUGAUGAAGCAAAGUCAGAAGUGUUACAUCCACAGAUCAUCAAAAUGGCUAGAAGAUCAGGGCAGCUCAAUCUUUCCAACAGAGGAAUGCAUGAAGUGCCUGAUAAAGUGUAUCACAUUCAUGAGAUGGAUGCUGAUGAAGCCAAGAAGAUGAUGAUGGGUAUGAGCAUGGAUAAUACUGAUGAUGAUCGCUGGUGGGAACAAACAGAUCUCACCCGUCUGUAUCUCUCCUCUAAUUGUCUCUCAUCUAUAUCUCCCAAGAUAAGCAACCUCAUGUCUCUCCAAGUUCUUGAUUUGUCAGACAAUUGUUUGACCUCCCUCCCUUCAACUAUUGGUGAACUGACCUGCCUUCAUCGCUUGAACCUAAGCCACAAUCGUCUUGAAGAAUUGCCAGCUGGACUUUUCCUUAUAUCAGAUUUAAGGUCGCUGCAGCUGGAUCACAACCAGUUGUCAUCUCUCUCCAAUGACCUGGGAAAUCUCACAGUGUUGGAAUAUUUGGAUGUUUCACACAAUGUUCUGACAGAGCUACCUUCAAGUAUAGGAUACAUGCAGCGUCUCUCAAAGUUUAAUGCCUCAAAUAAUAAGUUACAAGAGCUUCCAUAUGAAAUUGGAGAUUGUUUUGGUCUGAAUCAACUUGAUCUAAACCAGAAUGAGCUGAAAAGCCUUCCAGAUUCCAUUGGUAACUUGCAGAAAUUAGAGCAACUCUACCUCCGCUACAACUCGAUCCAAAUUCUCCCUCCUUUACAUAACUGUGCAUCAUUAAAGGAGCUGCAUCUUGGUUUCAAUUUCAUUAAGGAGAUAGAGGCAGAACAGCUAAAUCAUUUGACUGGGAUAAGUGUGUUAGACCUACGAGACAAUCAGAUCGAUGAUUUACCUGAUCAGAUAACAUUGCUUCAGGGGCUUGAGCGGCUUGAUAUUACUAAUAACAACCUGGUCUACGUAAGUAGGGCUUUUAAUAUUGGGUUAAGUUUAAUGACAGUAUCAAGUUCAACAAAAAUAAACCUUCCCUACCAUAUUGGCCUUCUUCCCCAUUUAAAGUCCAUGCCAUUGGAUGGUAAUCCCAUGAGACUGAUUCGACGUGAUAUUAUCCAACGUGGAACAAUGCAGCUCUUGAAGUACUUACGCUCAAGAGUCUCAGCUCCUGUCAAUACAUUCCCUGGUUUUGAAAAUACACCUGUUGACACAAACCUGAUAAUGGGAGAAAAAGCAAUUCCAGACAAGUACCAGAUGAGGACUACUCAGACAAUGGCAUACAAUGAAAAAACUGCAGAAAUUCCAGAUAAACUGAUUGAAAAUGCAGCAGAAGCAGGAGUGAGAACAGUUGAUCUCAGUAAAAAUAUCCUGUCUCAGGUUCCAGAAAAACUGGAGAUGUUAUCACGUCAUGUAUCAGAAGUUAUGCUGGGCAUGAAUAAGCUAACAUCAAUCCCAGCAUUCUUUGGGACAUUCAGCGAAAUUUCUUCUAUUUAUGUUGAAGGUCUCUCAAAGUUGAAACGAAUUUCAACUCUGGACCUCCACAACAACAACAUAGAUUUUGUCCCACCUCUGCUUGGAAACAUGACACAGCUAAGAACUCUGCAACUAGAAGGAAAUGCAUUCAGGGUACCAAGGACUGCCAUUUUAGCUAAAGGAACUCGAGAGAUCUGGACUACUUGCGAACAAGAAUUGUUGAUCAGUGAAUCUGUUAAAGAUGUAAAGCAACAUAUAUGUGGUACAUUGCAUACCUUUUUAAGGAGCCCAGUGACCCUUCAGGAAAUGGACAAGAAGCAGUCCAAACCAAUUGUUUUAUAG